AUGACACAUUAUUUAAAUUUUUCUGUACUUUACUCUUUGGUUCCCUCUAACUCUCCCUUCUCUGUGCUCUCUCCCUCACUCCCUCCCUCCUCCUCCUCCUCCUCUCUCUCCCUCCCUCCUCCUCCUCACUCUCUCCCUCCUCUCGUCUUCCUCCUCACUCUCUCCCUCCUCUCGUCUUCCUCCUCUCGUCUUCCUCUCUCUCCCUCCUCCUCUCGUCUUCCUCUCUCUCCCUCCUCCUCUCGUCUUCCUCUCUCUCCCUCCUCCGCUCGGUCUUUCUCUCUCCUUCUCUCCCCCCCGUCGCUCGGUCUUUCUCUCCUUCUCUCCCCCCGUCGCUCGGUCUUUCUCUCCCCCCCCGUCGCUCGGUCUUUCUCUCUCCUUCUCCCCCCCCGUCGCUCGGUCUUUCUCUCUCCUUCUCUCCCCCCCGUCGCUCAGUCUUUCUCUCUCCUUCUCUCCCCCCCGUCGCUCAGUCUUUCUCUCCUCCUUCUCUCCCCCCGUCGCUCGGUCUUUCUCUCUCCUUCUCUCCCCCCCCGUCGCUCGGUCUUUCUCUCCUUCUCCCCCUCCAUCUCUCUCAGUCUUUCGCUCUCUCUCUCUCCCUCCAUCUCUCUUCCCUUUUCUCUCUCUCUCUUCCCUUUUCUCUCUCUCUCUUCCUUUUCACUCUCUCUCUUCCUUUUCUCUCUCUCUCUCUCUUCCUUUUCUCUCUCUCUCUCUCUCUUCCUUUUCUCUCUCUCUCUCUCUUCCUUUUCCUUCUUUUCUCUCCAAAUUAUUCUAUAUUAUCAUGUCUUCCUUCUCUUUACUCACAAUGUCUGA